AUGUCUGUCAUUAUGGAAGGGUACGAUACUAUCCUGAUCGGAUCCUUAUUUGGAUAUCCCGCCUACCAGAGGAAGUUUGGGAAUUAUUUCCCAGCGACCAACAACUAUCAGAUUGAUGGCAAAUGGCAAGCUGCGCUAGGAAGCGGGCCCGUUGGUGGUUCGGUCAUUGGUGCUUUCAUUAAUGGCUUCCUAAUACAGCGCUUUGGCUUUCGUCCUGCGUUUAUGGUGGGGUUAGUUCUCAUGACUGCGUUCAUCUUCAUUUCUUUCUUUGGCAAUACCAUUGAGUUGCAGGUGGUCGGCCAAGUCCUUUGUGGUGUCCCCUGGGGAAUCUUUGCUACCAUCGGUCCUGCAUAUGCCUCUGAAAUCUGCCCUAUGUCCCUACGCGCCUAUCUCACCGCGUACACAAAUAUGUGCUUUGCUAUCGGCCAAUUUAUCGGUGCUGGCGUCCUCCAAAGUCUUAUCGACCGCGGCGAUGAGUGGUCGUUUCGAAUUCCAUUUGCUAUUCAAUGGCUAUGGCCGCCAUUUCUCAUCGUUGCCUCUGUUUUUAUUCCUGAGUCACCCUGGUGGCUCGUCCGACAUGGCCGAUUCGAAGAAGCAGAGCGCAGCGUCUCAAGACUCAUGUCGAAAGCAGAGAAGCCAGCAGCGCGAUCCGUUGUGGCCAUGAUGGUCCAUACUAAUGAGAUUGAGAAGUCCACUACCACUGGCACAUCUUACCUCGAUUGCUUCCGCGGCACUGAUCUCCGUCGCACAGAGAUUGCAUGCGUGGUUUUCCUCGGCCAGAUCACCUGCGGCGCACAAUUCGCAUACUCGGCGACAUAUUUUUUUCAACAGGCUGGGCUGAAUCCGGAUAACGCAUACAAGCUCGGGCUAGGCGGAACUGCUAUUGCGUUCAUCGGUACGAUACUAUCGUGGGGUCUGAUGCGCAUAGCAGGCCGCAAGCACAUCUAUUUGAGCGGAAUGAUUGGUAUGGCGACAUGUUUGUUCAUCAUCGGGUUCUUGACCCUUGCCAAGGGUAGCCAGAACGCAGUUUGGGGACAAGCAGCCUUGUGCAUCAUUUGGCUUCUCUGCUUCUCGCUGUCUGUUGGUCCUGUUGGCUGGGCUAUCCCAGCUGAAGUUUCAUCGACUCGCCUAAGGUCCAAGACUGUUGUGCUCGCAAGAAACUCUUACUACAUCGUCCAAGUCGGGGCUAACAUCAUCCAACCGUAUAUGAUGAACCCGACUGAGUGGAAUUGGAAAGGGAAAACUGGGUUUUUCUGGUUUGGAUGGACAGUCCUUACUAUUGUGUGGGUUAUCUUCAGGAUGCCAGAGACAAAAGGAAGGACUUUCGAAGAGUUGGAUCUGAUGUUUGCAGCCAAGGUGUCGACACGAAAGUUUGCGAAAUACAAGGUUGAUGCUUUUGAGGGCGAGCGAGGUGGAGUGUUAGAGUCGGAAGAGAAGGAGAAUAAUUCUAAUAAAGAUUAG